AUGGUCAUGUCGAAAAAAUUUCGAAUUUCUUUGACUGUGUGUACUCUUGCAAUGCUUAUGUUUGGAAUUCAUUAUUAUUCAACUAUAUUCCUAAAACCAGGAAAAUCCAAGUGAGUGAAACCUUUUUGAAAAAAUGAACUAUGAAACAUUUUAGUGAUAUAUGCUAUAUUGAUGAUUGGAAUCGUAUCACUAUUGAAGAUAUUCCCCAUUCCAAACAAAUCCGAUUAUUUGCAAUAGAAGGGUUAAAAGCAUUUAGAAUGAAUACACUUUUAGGUGGACAACUUCGAUUAGUUAAUUCAUUUGUAUAUCCAGAUCAUAUUGCAGUUACAACAACUGUUCAACAUUCGGAAAAGUAAGAUUCAAAUAAAUGAUAAACUAAUUAUAAAAUAUUCUAGCGAUAAUAUAACUUGUGUCUACUUUGAUUGUAAUCGAAAAGAAAUUGCUAAUACAAGAUUCAAAUCAAUAUAUUAUCCUUAUAAUAUUGUUCAUUGUGCAAGACGAUAUGGAGCAGAAUAUAUAUCACUAGAUUUAGAAGAUGGAAAUAAAAUACCUGAACCUAUUCCUAUGAUUUAUAGAAUAUAUAAAGGUUUCAUUUCAAUACUUCAAAUAUACUUUAGAGAUAAAUCAACUUCGAAUUUCAGAACCGAUUCAUGAAAUUUCAGUUUGUGUUGGUCCAAUUUUUGGAAAUGAAUCAAAAUGGUUAGGAAUUGCUGAAUAUAUGGAACAUUAUAAACUUAUUGGAGUUAAUCAUUUUUAUUUCACAGUUUUUGAUAUAAAUGAAUAUGAUCGGAAAAUAUUGAAUGAUUAUAUUCGAUUAGGAGAAGUUGAAUUGACAGAAUUAGACACUGAAUAUAAAAAAGAAGAUUGGCAAAUGCAUAUGGUUCAACAACAGGUGUUUCAAACCUGUCUCCAAAAAUAAUCAUGUUUUUUAAAGGAAUGUCUACAACGUGCGAAAUUUCAUUCGAAAUGGGUUAUUAAUGCUGAUUUUGAUGAAAGACUCGUUUUGAAAAACAAUAAUACAAUUGAGGAUAUUCUAAAUUCGGACAAAAACGCAACAGACUAUUAUUUUUCUGUUGCACGAGUAUUGAAAAAUGAAACAAUGCCUGAAAAAUACAUCAAUUCCUCGCAAACCGAAAAAGAUAUGCAAUUCAUAAAACAUCAUAUGACUUUAAAUUCAACAUUCAUCGGUUCCAAACGAAUGUAUCGCCCGGAUAGAGCGGCAAAGAUAUACUAUCAUCGUGUCAUUCGACAUUUCGGUGGUGAAAGAUUUGUGAGAAAAGUAGAUCCAGAAAUUGCAUAUAUUCGUCAUUAUCGAAAUGAUAAUGAAAGUGGAAUAAAUUCAGGAUGGAAUAAAAAUGGAACUGAAUUCGUGUUUACUGAUUUAGAUGAGGAAUUCAGUAGAAAAUUAGUGAAAAAUGUGCUGAAACGAGUUGAAUAUGUUUAUAAUGAGAAAUUGAUGUAUUGUGAUGAAAUCGGACCGAAGUUCAAAAGAUAUAAAAUUUUUAAAGAUUCUUUUGAUUGUAUUGAUAAAAAUGGAACUAAUUUUUGA